CAUGUAAAAGUCCUCCGCGUUGCAGUGUGUGGUGUUUUUUCUUCUCUCACAUCGUUGGAGCAGAGCUGCAAACAUGGCGAGAAACGCUGAAAAGGCCAUGACCGCUCUGGCCCGAUUCCGGCAGGCUCAGCUGGAGGAGGGGAAAGUCAAGGAGAGGAGACCAUUUCUGGCCUCAGAAUGCAGCGAGCUUCCUAAAGCUGAAAAGUGGAGACGACAGAUCAUCAGUGAGAUCUCAAAGAAGGUCGCACAGAUCCAGAACGCUGGUCUCGGGGAGUUCAGGAUCCGGGAUCUGAACGAUGAGAUCAAUAAGCUGCUUAGGGAGAAAGGUCACUGGGAGUAUCGGAUCAGAGAGCUCGGAGGACCUGACUACCUGCGUUUUGGUCCGAGGAUGCUGGACCAUGAAGGGAAAGAAGUUCCGGGGAACCGAGGCUAUAAGUACUUUGGAGCAGCUAGAGAUCUGCCUGGAGUCAGAGAGCUGUUCGAGAAGGAACCUACGCCGGCACCGAGGAAGACAAGAGGGGAGCUAAUGAAGGAGGUGGAUGCAGAGUACUACGGCUACAGAGACGAAGAUGAUGGCGUCUUGCUUCCUCUGGAAGCGCAGUAUGAGAAGGAAGCUGUGUUGGAGGCCGUGCAGAAAUGGAAGGCAGAGAAGGAGUCUCGCCUGCAGCAGCAAGAGGAGGAGGAAGAGGAGAGCAUCUACAGCGUUCCUACAGAGGAGGUGGAGGAUGAUGAGAGCCAGGAGGGGAUGGAGGCAGAGGAGGGUGGAGUCGGCUUCAUCUCUCAUGUUCCGGUUCCGUCUCAGAAAGAGGUGGAAGAGGCUCUGGUCAGGAGGAAGAAGAUGGAGUUGUUGCAGCGUUACGCAAGUGAAACUCUUCAGGCCCAGAGUCAAGAAGCCAGAACUCUGCUGGGAAUCUGAUGUGGCUGGUUCUGACCCAGCAGUGUAAAUAGCAGUUGUUGAUUUCAGGUUUUUGUAUGUUUUUCUCAUUAAAACUUUUCC